GCACCGCUUGUUGCCAACUUCCCGUCAGUCAUUUUGUUCGGUGGCUGUAUUUCUAUGGUCGACGAUAUCGUUAAAAAUCUUUAACAUCGGCUAGUAAUUUCCAAAGUGACAUUAUGAGUCAAGCAAUGCCUGAAUUGGGCUCCAAGAUAAGCCUAAUAUCUAAAGCAGACAUUCGUUACGAAGGCCGGCUUUUCACCGUCGAUCCUCAGGAAUGUACCAUCGCUUUGGCUAGCGUGCGCUCAUUUGGUACGGAGGAUAGAGAGACGCAGUACCCAGUUGCGCCUCAGAGCCAGGUGUAUGACUACAUCUUGUUCCGUGGGACUGACAUCAAGGAUAUCCGCGUGCUGAACAAUGUGCCCUCACUACCCAAUGACCCUGCCAUCAUGCAGAUGUCUGUGCCACCAACGCUUGGCGCAGGCAGUGCACCAGGCCAGUUUGCGGGGCAGUACAAUCACCCAGUGGUGGGGCAGACACAGUACUCGCAGUACCACCCGAUGUCGGGCUUCCAAGGAAGUGUCCAUUCUCAGCUCAGUAAGACCAGUGAGUUGUCUCCGCAAACCUCAGUGGAGCUGGCACCCCAGCCCCCACCGGCUGCGGGUCCGAUUGGCUCAGGAGUGGCGCAUCACGCCAAUCAAGUGAAAGACCAAGGUUCGAUGCUUGAACUCAUUGGAGGAGGAUCUCAACAAAGUGCUUCGCGUUCGGGUACGCCCGCGGUUGGCUCGCACAGGAAGAGCCCCACGUCCGAUCAGGGCACGCAGACCACAACAGCAGAUUCUGGAGGGAUAUACUCGCAAACAAUAAAUGUGGUCGGGUCCGUGGCUAGUGGGUCUAGCCAGCAACGCGACAGCCGACGUGGCAGCAACGGUCAGGCCCAAAAGGGUCCCGCGAAUCGCAACCGCACGAACUCGCGCAACCGCCAACGUUACCCCAGCGGGGGCGCGCCGGGGGCCCACCAGCCUCAUCAGCAGCAACACCAGCAGCAGCAUCAGCAGCAACCGCACCAACAGCAGCAGAUGCAGCAUAACCAGCACAACCAGGCGACCUCAAACCAGCAGCAACAUCAUCAUCACCAGUCUGGUAACUUCUCUGGCGCCGGGCAGGGCUACGGUCGCGGCGGCUGGCGGGGCCGGCCCCGUGGUCGCGGCCGCGGCUUCGUUCCAAGAAACAAGAACACCCUCAAGUUCGACAAAGACUAUGAUUUUGAACAAGCUAACACAGAAUUUGAGGAGCUUCGCAGCCAAUUGGCCAAGACUAAGAUCUCAGACGGCGAGGUGAAAGUUGAGGAGUCUGAAGUAAUUAUUAUAACGCAGGGUGAGGUUGAUAAGAAGGAUGACUCUGGAAACGAGACGGGUGCUGGUGAACCGGAGGUUGAUGAAGACCAGAAUGGUUACACAGGGUAUGACAAGAACAAGAGUUUCUUUGACAACAUCUCCUGCGAGGCUGUUGAGAGGUCCAAGGGUAGGAGCCAGCGAACGGAUUGGAGGACGGAGCGCAAGCUGAACUCGGAGACGUUCGGCGUGGCGUCCGCGCGUCGCGGCGCCUGGCGCGGCCGCGGCGGCUGGCGCCACCACAACCCGCAGCACCAGCAGUAUGCUAACUACGUGCACAGUUUCUCGGACGACGGCAGAUGGCGCGCAAUGCGCGGCGGGCCCCGUGGCGGCCCGCGUGGCGGCCCGCGCGGGCCCCGCGUGCAGCCCGCGCCCAGCGCGCAGCCGCAGCCCGCGCAGCCCCAACCCGCACCCACCGCAGGUAGCUAAGUAGGAUUUGAUGGAGAGCGUCCGCUACACCGAAAGAAUUUUUUAUCGCAGCAGGGACUAUUCAAAAAUGGAUAAGUGACGGAAAGUGUUAGUUUGGUGAUGAAGUGUCUUGUAUUGAUUUGAAAAGUAAAUGUCUUUGCGGGAAGUUUAAUUGUUGUGCAGAUUCAAGUUGAUGGACAUUGUUUUGGUGUGAUAGUGUUGUAUCCAAUAUAAUGGAAGGAUAAAGAUGGAAUUUCCCGUAAGAGCGCGACAGAACAAAAUGUCGGCACUAAGACGGCUCACUGUUAGUAUAAUGUAAGUAUAGGAGUGUCGUGAGCGAUAACGCAAUUAGGCAGGAUGUUGGCAUCAACUAAAUUGAAUUGUAUAAUGUCACAAGUCGACCAAUAGCUGAGGAUAUUAGGCUCAUUUGUGUAAUGCCAAUGUUAUCGGUGAGUGAGAUAGAUGCCACUUGUAAAUUUCAGGGAGGCUAUGUAAUAAAAAGUUGCAUAGGACACAAUUUAUUUAUGCAAUGAAUUAUAAAUAUUUUCAUAAAGCUUUCCUCCUCACCUGUUAUGAUUAAUUGUGCCUAUUUAGUUUUAAACCAUAUAUAUUUAAUGUACCUACUAAAAGGUCUUGAAUGGACGUUGCGCCUCCAUUUUAUUUAUUAAUUGCGAUGACAUGCGACAGUCCGCAGCAGUCCUGCUAGUAAAUUAAAGCGAGGAUAAAUUAGUUUCUAUUACCUGCUGGCCAGAAGUUUGAUGUGUAAUUAUAUAAAUCAUUGUGGGUUAGAGGCUGCCUCGGCAUGUUAUAAAUGUAAAGUGUUUAUUGACUGUCGUUCAUUUGUAGUUAGUACUAAAUAAAUGUGAUAGAGGGGACUGCUGCCAGUGUACGGAGACGUGUUGAGGGCACCAGCAUGUAUCAGAUCGGAUCGCCCGUGCCAACUACUUGUUUUACACAAUAUCAACACAGUAAAGUCUAUGUUUAUUCAAUAAAAUUCUUGUAAUAUUCAGUUCUCGAAAAGGACUAUUGUAUUUUCUUGUAGUUGAUUUGGAAUCAUUAACUUUUACCUACAUGUGUUCAUCUGCGAGUCCUUUUCAUGCAAAAAUCUGAAAUAAACUUGACAAACAUUUGAUAUUUGUAAAAAUCUGUAACUCAAAAGCUGUACCUGGUGAUUGUAACAAUAUAAAAUAUAACUUUACUACAAAUCUUCCAAAA